CAACAUGGCGCUUUUACUCGUUCAACUUGACAGCUAACCAAAAAUAGAACGCCGACUGUACAAACAAAAGGUUGAAGUUUGAAAAAAAAAAUCCGCUACUCAAAAGCGCAAAAAGCCGAAAACAUAUAAGAAUUUCUUACAUAGCGGCACUUUCCUAUUCCAUCUCGCCAAGCUGUCUACCGUAGUAAAAAUGAAGCUGAUCGACUCGGUCGUUCGGAGCUUCAAGGUGGCCAAAGUGUUCCGUGAGAACACGGACAAAAUCAAUGCAAUUGACUUCUCCGCGAAUGGGGAAAUGCUGAUCAGCUGCAGCGAGGACGACCAGAUCGUGCUGUACGACUGCGAGAAAGGAACUCAGAUUCGGACGGUGAACUCAAAAAAGUACGGCGUUGAUUUGAUACAUUUCACCCACGCGAACAACACCGCAAUACACAGUUCGACAAAGGUUGACGACACGAUCCGGUACCUCAGCCUGCACGACAACAAAUAUCUGCGCUACUUUCCGGGCCACACGAAAAAAGUUAUCUCACUGAAUAUUUCCCCCGUGGAGGAUACCUUCCUGUCCGGUUCGCUGGAUAAAACGUUGCGCCUGUGGGAUUUGCGAUCGCCAAACUGUCAGGGGGUGAUGCACCUGAAUGGACGCCCGGUUGCCGCGUACGACCCGGAGGGACUCAUUUUUGCCGCUGGCGUUAAUUCAGAAAGUAUCAAACUGUAUGAUUUACGAUCGUUCGAUAAGGGACCGUUCGUAACGUUCAAAUUGAAUCAGGAAAAAGAAUGCGAUUGGACGGGGCUGAAAUUCUCCAGAGACGGGAAAACUAUUCUGAUUAGUACAAAUGGCUCCAUAAUUCGGCUAAUUGAUGCCUUCCACGGAACACCACUGCAAACGUUCACCGGUCAUCUGAAUAACAAGGGUCUACCGAUAGAGGCGUCCUUCAGUCCAGAUUCACAGUUUAUCUUUUCCGGCAGCACCGAUGGGCGAGUGCACGUCUGGAAUGCCGAUACCGGGUACAAGAUAUGCGUCCUCAACGGGGACCAUCCGGGUCCGAUUCAGUGUGUGCAGUUCAAUCCCAAGUUUAUGAUGUUAGCGUCGUCCUGCACCAACAUGGCAUUUUGGCUGCCAACAGCGGAAGACGCUUAGGGUAGGGAGGUUUCUUAAUAAAUUUUAAUGUAAAGCAAGAAGAGAAAAAGAUGCGACCUUAAAUACAACUAUUUUUAGUUACAUGAGUAAAUUAUGAAUACUGAUAAGUAGAAAUAAACAUGUUUCUAGAAAGAA